ACUGUGCCCAUCUACGAGGGUUACGCCCUGCCUCACGCCAUCCUCCGUCUGGAUCUGGCUGGCAGAGAUCUGACUGACUAUCUGAUGAAGAUCCUCACAGAGAGGGGAUACAGCUUCACCACCACCGCUGAGCGUGAAAUCGUGCGUGACAUUAAGGAGAAGCUGUGCUAUGUGGCUCUGGACUUCGAGCAGGAGAUGCAAACAGCAGCUUCCUCUUCCUCUCUGGAGAAGAGCUACGAGCUU